AGACGGUCUUCUUAAGCUCCGGACUUCCUUCCUGCCCUCCAAAUCCGACUUUUUCAACCACACACGAUACCCCUCCCACCCGAAUUGAAUACGCCAGUUUGAGGAUACAGAACCUCACUGCGUUGGAGCACAUUACCACUUUUCCCUUUAUUUUCUGCCGCAUUGCUUGACUUGAAGCAAUAACCACAACUCUCCCGCCAUGGCUCGUUCAAGGAGCUCAAUGGCCCUGGGCCUGGGACUCCUUUGUUGGAUCGCCCUGAUCUUCUCUCCUGCCGCCUUUGUCCAGACUGUCAGCGCAGAUGAUGUCGACAACUACGGCACCGUCAUUGGUAUUGAUUUGGGAACCACCUACAGCUGUGUCGGUGUGAUGCAGAAGGGCAAGGUCGAGAUUCUCGUCAACGAUCAGGGUAACCGAAUCACUCCCUCUUACGUCGCCUUCACCGAGGACGAGCGCCUCGUUGGUGACUCCGCCAAGAACCAGGCCGCCUCUAACCCCACCAACACUGUCUUCGACGUCAAGCGUCUCAUCGGUCGCAAGUUCUCGGAUAAGGAUGUCCAGUCCGAUAUGAAGCACUUCCCCUACAAGGUCGUCUCUCGCGAUGGCAAGCCUGUCGUCCAGGUCCAGGUCGACGGUGCUGCCAAGCAGUUCACUCCCGAAGAAGUCUCUGCCAUGAUCCUUGGCAAGAUGAAGGAGGUCGCCGAGUCCUACCUCGGCAAGAAGGUCACCCACGCCGUCGUUACUGUCCCCGCCUACUUCAACGACAACCAGCGACAGGCCACCAAGGACGCCGGUGUCAUUGCCGGUCUCAACGUCCUCCGAGUUGUCAACGAGCCCACCGCCGCCGCCAUCGCGUACGGCCUGGACAAGACCGACGGUGAGCGACAGAUCAUUGUCUACGAUCUCGGUGGUGGUACUUUCGAUGUCUCUCUCCUGUCCAUUGACCAGGGUGUCUUCGAGGUCCUGGCUACCGCCGGUGACACCCACUUGGGUGGUGAGGAUUUCGACCAGCGUGUCAUCAACCACUUCGCCAAGACCUACAACAAGAAGAACAACGUCGACAUCACCAAGGACCUCAAGGCCAUGGGCAAGUUGAAGCGUGAGGCCGAGAAGGCCAAGCGUACCCUGUCUUCUCAGAUGAGCACCCGCAUUGAGAUCGAGGCUUUCUUCGAGGGCAACGACUUCUCCGAGACUCUUACCCGCGCCAAGUUUGAGGAGCUCAACAUGGAUCUUUUCAAGAAGACCAUCAAGCCCGUUGAGCAGGUUCUCAAGGAUGCCAAUGUCAAGAAGGUCGAGAUCGACGACAUUGUCCUCGUCGGUGGUUCUACCCGUAUCCCCAAGGUUCAGUCCCUCAUUGAGGAGUACUUCAACGGCAAGAAGGCCUCCAAGGGUAUCAACCCUGAUGAGGCUGUUGCUUUCGGUGCUGCCGUCCAGGCUGGUGUUCUUUCCGGCGAGGAGGGUACUGAGGAGCUCGUCCUCAUGGAUGUCAACCCCCUGACUCUCGGUAUCGAGACCACCGGUGGUGUCAUGACCAAGCUCAUCGGCCGCAACACCCCUAUCCCUACUCGCAAGAGCCAGAUCUUCUCUACCGCUGCCGAUAACCAGCCCGUUGUCCUGAUUCAGGUCUACGAGGGUGAGCGAUCUCUCACCAAGGACAACAACCUCCUCGGAAAGUUCGAGCUUACUGGCAUCCCCCCCGCUCCCCGUGGUGUUCCCCAGGUCGAGGUCUCCUUCGAACUUGAUGCCAAUGGCUUGCUCAAGGUCAGCGCCCAUGACAAGGGCACUGACAAGCAGGAGACUAUCACCAUCACCAACGACAAGGGCCGUCUUACUCAGGAGGAGAUUGACCGUAUGGUCGCCGAGGCUGAGAAGUACGCCGAGGAGGACAAGGCUACCCGUGAGCGUAUCGAGGCCCGAAACGGCCUUGAGAACUAUGCCUUCAGCCUCAAGAACCAGGUCAAUGAUGAGGAGGGCCUUGGUGGCAAGAUUGACGAGGAGGAUAAGGAGACUAUUCUCGAUGCCGUCAAGGAGGCUACCGAGUGGCUCGAGGAGAACGGCGCUGACGCCACCACCGAGGACCUCGAGGAGCAGAAGGAGAAGCUGUCCAACGUCGCCUACCCCAUCACCUCCAAGAUGUACCAGGGUGCUGGUGGCUCUGGUGGCGAGGAUCAGGCUGAGGAUUUCCACGAUGAGCUUUAA